AUGGCUUCAUCAUCGUCAUUGACUGCUGCCGUCCAACCCCCCUCCUCAAUCGAAGGACAAGCAAGUGUUUGUCGCCAAGAGGUUGAAAGUAAGAAACGUACAUCAUCGCCACAUGUAUCGCCUAAACAAACGUCCUUCGCACAACUAUUGGAGCCUUGGUUUGAAAUCACAUUGUCAUCAACGCAUUCUCGGCGCCCAUCGUAUUCAAACGAAGAGUUUCAACCAAUUCCUCGAUCCUUGAUGCCGUCUAACCCUAUUCUCGCCGCGGGUUUCAGUUUACAAUCUAUCACGGACACGACACCUGGCGUAUUACCACUGCCAGCAAUGAACUCACAGCUGCUAUCCGUCGAAGCAUGGGAUUUGAAUUCACUUGUUAAUUUCAAUGCAAGUGACAUGUACCAUGGAUUGCAUUCAAACAACUCACCUCUAUAUAAUCCGUAUGCAAACGCAAUACACCAUGGAUUAUUCUACGAUUCGCCUGUUUAUGCUCCUAAUGCAAGUGAGAUGUGCAAUGGUUCACACUCAAGAGAUUCUCCCGUCUAUAACCCUAUCCCAAGGGACCAGUACAUCGGAUACAACAAUUCGCCCGUCUAUAACCCUAUCCCAAGGGACCAGUACAUCGGGUACAACAAUUCGCCCGUCUACAAUCCUAAUCCAGGGCCCCUGUUCAAUGGCAUAUCUUCAAACAACGAGGGUUAUCUUCAAUUCCAUAAUGAACCAAGUUCAUCAAAUUUUCAUCACCAAGGUUCUCUUUAUUCAACUGAGAUACUAAACCAAUCUCAUUCAAAUGCACAUGAUCAAGACGAUAAGGAUAGAUUUGAAGGAUAUACUGAAUGGGAAACAAUAAUUGGAUGCUGUGAUCCGAAUGCGCGACCGACGGUACUUUUAUCUGAUCCUCCACGGGGUCUCAAACGAUCCAGAUCUUUGGAUUCGUAUCCUUCUCUUUUAGAAUCAAACCAUCCGAAUCUUCACCUUGAUCUGGGUCCAGGUCCAUCAAAGAAAUCAAAGAAAUGA